AGAUGGAGCCCACAGCCUAUCCUCUGAAUCUGACUCUGAAAGAAGAAGAAGAGGAAGAAGAGAUUCAGAGCCGGGAAUUGGAGGAUGGCCCCACAGAUAUGCAGAAAGUCCGGAUCUGCUCAGAAGGCGGCUGGGUGCCGGCCCUAUUUGAUGAGGUGGCCAUAUAUUUUUCCGAUGAGGAGUGGGAAGUGUUGACGGAGCAACAAAAGGCCCUCUACCGGGAAGUCAUGAGGAUGAAUUAUGAGACUGUCCUCUCCCUGGAAUUCCCAUUCCCUAAGCCAAACAUGAUUACCCGUUUGGAAGGGGAGGAGUCUCAGAAUUCCGACGAAUGGCAGCUCCAAGGAGGAUCCUUAGCAGACAAUGAAGACACUGACGUGAAGCCUCCAGAUUGGGCGGGUCCGAUGAGCAACCCCUCGCAGCUCCCUCAGCCUCAGCAUUUUGAUGGCUUUGGCUUCCGCCUGCCUCGGGACAUCACAGAGCUGCCUGAGUGGGGUGAGGGGUACCCCUUCUACGUGGCCAUGGGCUUCCCUGGAUAUGACCUCUCAGCUGAAGACCUGGCUGGGAAGUUUCAGUUCAGCAGAGGGAUGCGCCGUAGCUAUGACGCGGGCUUCAAGCUGAUGGUGGUGGAAUACGCCGAGAGCACUAACAACUGCCAGGCUGCCAAGCAGUUUGGGGUGCUGGAGAAAAACGUGCGGGACUGGCGCAAAGUGAAGCCGCAGCUGCAGAAUGCCCAUGCCAUGCGGAGGGCCUUCCGAGGCCCCAAGAAUGGGCGGUUUGCUCUGGUGGACCAGCGUGUGGCCGAGUAUGUCAGAUACAUGCAGGCCAAAGGGGACCCGAUCACCAGGGAGGCCAUGCAGCUGAAAGCGCUGGAAAUUGCCCAGGAAAUGAACAUUCCGGAAAAAGGCUUCAAGGCAAGCUUGGGUUGGUGUCGGAGAAUGAUGCGAAGGUACGACCUGUCCCUGCGGCAUAAGGUGCCCGUCCCCCAGCAGCUACCUGAAGACUUGACGGAGAAACUGGUCACUUACCAGCGGAGUGUACUGGCCCUGCGCAGGGCGCACGACUACCAGGUGGCUCAGAUGGGCAAUGCCGACGAGACCCCGAUUUGUUUAGAGGUGCCGUCAAGGGUGACUGUUGACAACCAGGGGGAAAAGCCUGUCUUGGUCAAGACGCCAGGCAGGGAGAAACUGAAAAUCACAGCCAUGCUGGGGGUCCUGGCAGAUGGGAGGAAAUUACCUCCGUACAUCAUCUUGAGGGGCACGUAUAUCCCCCCGGGGAAGUUCCCCAGUGGGAUGGAAAUCCGCUGCCAUCGGUAUGGCUGGAUGACCGAGGACCUGAUGCAGGACUGGUUGGAGGUGGUGUGGAGGCGGAGGACUGGCGCCGUGCCCAAACAGCGAGGGAUGCUGAUCUUGAACGGGUUCCGGGGUCACACCACAGAUUCUGUGAAGAACUCCAUGGAAAGCAUGAACACGGACAUGGUCAUCAUCCCGGGGGGCCUGACCUCGCAGCUCCAGGUGCUGGAUGUGGUGGUCUACAAGCCGCUGAAUGACAGUGUGCGGGCUCAGUACUCCAACUGGCUGCUGGCCGGCAACCUGGCGCUGAGCCCCACCGGGAACGCCAAGAAGCCGCCCCUGGGGCUCUUCUUGGAAUGGGUCAUGGUUGCAUGGAACAGCAUCUCCAGUGAGUCCAUUGUCCAGGGGUUCAAGAAGUGCCACAUCUCCAGCAACUUGGAAGAUGAAGAUGAUGUCCUAUGGGAAAUCGAGAGUGAGCUGCCAGGAGGAGGGGAACCACACAAAGAGUGUGACCCUGAAGGCUUGAUGGAGAGCAACUGAGAUGCGUUGAGCAAGUGGAACUGUGUUGGAAACAGUUGAAGAGCAAAAUCUUCGAGAUGAUUCCUGGAAGUGUGGGCGCACAGGGACAGCAGGAGAAGCCAUGGGCUUAGAAGAGCCCGCAUCUGGAUGCGUGGGUGUCUGUCUGCACCCCACUCUGGGACACAGCUGUUGCACCUCAUGUCCAUGAGGGUCAGAAAAGUCUGGGACGCUUGGUUUCAUCACAGGCUUGAUUGCCCUACUUCUUGUUCUAGAGAUGACCCUAGAAGAAACCUGUAAAUAUGAAUGAACAAAGGUGUUUUCUGGAGAAGAGACCAUUUGUCCAACAUCAACAAGGGAUUCAUCAUGGGCACUGCUCCGCCAGUGUCCUUUCUAUGGAGAAAACCUCAAGUCAGUUUUUCUUCUGCCUUUAAAAUUGCUUCCAAGAAUAGAGCCUGUCCCCACACAGGUCUGCAUAGAAGGCUUUGUAGAAAUGUGUCAUUUAUAUAUACCUGUUACUUACACAUUUCCUCUUUUGGAAAAACGAGACACUAAUGAUAACAAAAUUCAGACAUACUGGCCCUGUGCCAGCAGAUGGCUUUUCUAUAGACAAACUGGGUUGGUACGGGAAGAUAAGGGGUCAAAAUAAACUCUGCUGUUUUAUUUAUCUUCCCAAUCUGGUUGGCAGCUAGACUUUUUUAGGGUCUCAUUUAAUGACCUUAUUUUUCACUAUUCUAUGUAAUCA